CUUAACAACAGUCUCAGGCAGGCCGGCCGGCUUCUUAUUAAGAGCUUUUAGUUGCAAAAUUUUGAAGAGAUUAUAUAUAUAUUAUUGUAUUUUCCCAUUUACUCAUUUGUUAUUUGCUUCCGCAUUAUUUCGCUAUAUUUGUAACAAAAACAUGGCGUCUAUGAGAGUGACCAUGCUGAUGAUGGUGGUGGCCGUGGUGUUGGCGGCAGCAAUGACGACGGAGGCGCAGCCGCAGCUUCCGUCGUGCGCUGAGAAGCUAAUCCCGUGCGUUGAGUACUUAAACUACACCGGAGAGCUGGCGCCCUGUUGCGACGGGCUGAAAGAAGUGAUGGCUAACGAGGUUCCUUGUCUGUGCCAGUUUGCCAGGGAUCAUGGGCUGAUGAGCUACUCCAAAGUUGAAGGCGACAACCCCAGAUCGCCCUAUGAUCUUCCCCAGCAAUGUGGAGUCUCCGAUACCAUCGUCUGCGACGCAAAUGGUGCAGGGAGGAUGAUUGCGAGGACUGCAAUUUCAAGCUUGCUACUAUUGGGUGUUCUUUUGAUGAUGCUUUGAUACAUCACAAAUGUGUUGGCCUGCUUCUUGGACUCCACAUUUCCACACUAAUAAUUCACCAUCAUAUAUUUAUUUUCCACAUAUAUAUAUUGUAAACUUUAUCUCACCAUGACACCAUGAUAUUUAUGAUAAUGCAUUAUUGUAAUAAAUUUCGGAAUAAACUAUGAGUAUAUAACAAAUUACUAUACAAGUUAAAGAUGGAUGGCAUGAAAGCAAAGCAUCAAAGAGCAAAUACACACUAAAAGUAGUCUCUUUCUUUUUGAGUUUGUC